UAAAGAAGAGAAUGUAUUUGCUUUGGAAGGUCUUCCAAUCACUUUCAGUCCAGCGUGUUAAAAUAUAAAAGAUGGUCAGUAUUGAAUUCAUCUUCACACUCCUCUCUCAACUCUAUUCAGAAGAGCAGCACAACACUCCCCACUUCUACAAUGAAAUUCAUCAUCGCUCUCGCUUUCUUGGCUGCUGUAGCCCUUGCCGCACCUCAAGGGGACAAGAAGCCAAUUGAAAUUGUGUCAUCCAACAGCGAAAUGAACGCUGAUGGCAGCUAUUCUUUCGAUUUCGAAAGCGCUGAUGGCACCAAGGUCUCCGAGAGCGGCAGCCAGAAGCAAGUUGGACCUAAACCCGAGGAUAUCGGCACCGUCUCCAAGGGAUCUUACUCGUACACCUCUCCCGAUGGUGUCGUCAUCACCGUCAACUGGACCGCCGAUGAAAACGGUUUCCAGGCCACCGGUGACCACCUCCCCACUCCUCCCCCCAUGCCCGAGCACGUCGUCAAGAUGCUCGCCGACUUGAAGGCCGCCGGUGUCCUGUAAGCGACUCAAUCUUUUAAUUUCCGCUGUGUAUGUACAUAAUGCCCAACUCUCCUCGAGUAUAAAGUCGACAUCAGUUUGAAAUGGGCUUGUAUCAUAUAACAACUUCCUUGUACGAAAAUGAGAAAAUCAAAAUUUAUCCCAACCGCAA